AUGCACUCAAAAUUAUUUGAAGGCUCUCCCUUGGUGAAGAACCUGAGUGUGGCCAUUCUGGAGAUGAGUGAAUCAGGGGACCUAGACUACCUGCGGAACAAGUGGUGGGCCAGUACCUGCCUGCAAGGGGACGUCGAGGGCUCGCCACUCAAGCCUCACAGCCUGGGGGGCAUCUUCCUGGUUCUGGCUGUGGGGCUGGCUCUGGGGGUCUUCCUGGCUGUGCUGGAGCUGGCUUUCAAGUCCAAGAUGAGUGCAGAGCAGCAGAGAAAAGCAUGCUGCUCUGUUUUCUCUGAUGAACUGAGUCAGCGCUUCCGAAGCAGCACUGUGAAGAAAACCCAGGAACCCUCAGAGAAGAGCAAAGCAUAGAAAGCUCCAUGGUUGAUUUCGUACUUUCUUUUAUUUCACAUCACACCACAAUUAACAUCUGGUAGGCAGGAUAACUAACAGUGGCAGAAAUACUGGCUGUCAAGUUCUCUUUAUUUUGCUGGUCUGUCUUCUAGACUAUGCCACAGGAAUGAUAACUUUUGCCACCAUUGGGGAAAAAAAAGCCUUUUCCACUGUGAAAUGUUCAAAUAUGAUGACAUAUAGUCUUCUCUUUGUAAUUGCCAUGCAUACAAUAUACUUUAUAUUUACCUUAGCUUAGUCAAUGUAUUGUCAAAACAAAUAUCUUUGGGUUGUUGGAUCAAGUGUUCUGUAUUUUUCAUACCCACUCUAAGCCUCCACUUCUUAGUUACAUAUGGUGAGUCACAGGUCACGGUACCUUCCUCCACUCAAGCAGGAUAUACAGUCUCUGUUUCUGAUUGGUAAACUGUUUCAUUUGUAUGAAGACCCCCCAGAAAAACAAACCAUCUGAAAUAAAUUCAGAUUACCUCCGAAAAUGGAAACUUAUGAGCCUUCUCAGGUUCCCACACAUCCUAAAAGUCCUGGGAAAUAUUUAUUCAUUUCCAGGUCUGGAAGAUUCACAACAAUAAAUUUAACUCCAGUGGUUAAACUAUGGAAAAUGAAAGUUGGUUGUGAGAGGCAAUGACAGAUGUUUCCCUUGUUGAAUAUUUGUAGAAAAGUCAUGGAAAUAUUCCUUGUGGGAUAGUUGGAACCUUAUUUUCUGUUGUAGUUGUUUUUGGUGAUUUGAGAUUUGCAAUUUAAAUUGAUUUUUGCUAUCUAUACAGGAAAUAACUAUUCUUUUCUAAUUGUAUAAAAGUUUAUUAAAUUCCCUGCCCCACCUGACUGUUAAUAUAAUCCCUGAUGCCUCUACUGCCAGGUUCCACAGACACAUUCUGACUUGCUGUGUCAUCUCAGACUGCCAGGAAACAGGCAGAUCUUUCUUUUGUUCAGACUCUUAAUCAUUUACUGCCUUACUAGAGAUUAUUUUUAUUUUUGCUGUUGUGGCUACAUUCAGUACAGUAUGUAAAAUCUCCUUUUGGUAUUGUUAGAAAAGUUUGGAAGCAAUUCACUGGCUAGUAAAGAAAAUCUAGGAAAGACAUCAAUUAAAGAAAGUUGUUAAUAAAGAAUUUGGCUGUUAUCAUUGGAAUAAUAUUGUAAAAGGGGAUAAUAUACAAUAUAAAAUAAUCUGUGUUGGAAAUAUUCUAAUUAUGUGGACCAGCAUUCAGAACUGGGUCUGCUUUUGAAUGUUUUUACUGCUACUUGUUAUAUUGCAAUUACUAUCAAUUAGGUGAUAGGAAUCAUGACAUGGCCAUCAAAUAUUCCUUAGACAUAGCCUUAAUAUUUACUGUAUGUGAAAUGUGAAUGUAGUCUCCUAUGUGUAGUUAAAGAUUUGACAUUCUUUCUUAUGUUAUAUUCAUGUGCGAACAUAUUCAUGUGCCAGUCAGAAAGGGUAUCAGGCUUAAAAGCACACUGCAUUGUUGAAUGCUCUAUACACUGUAGUAAUUUUCUUAAGUUUGUUUCUCCUCCCUUAUUAUUGUAGUAUCUCGUUAUAAAGCUGUAGUGUUCAAUAACAACUGUGGUUGAAAAUUAUCAGAGGCAUUACUUUCACGUUUUAAAACUUAUAUCCAGGAAAUAGUUCUUAAAUGUCAGUUUUUGAUAAUCAAAACAAUUAUGUGCUAGUAUGAGUACAUCAUUUUUAAAGAAAUACACUCUGACGUCCUUGCUUCAUAUUGUUGUAUUAAUCUCACUUAAUGUACAGAAUAUAUAUACAGUAAUGUUACUUUAGAAAUAAGAAUUAGCAAUGAAAUGUACACCCAUCACUUGUUGUUAGACAUUUAAAAAGAAGAAGUAAAGGAUUCUUUCUUUUAAGUAAUUUCAACAGUACUUGUUCUCUUAAUUUUUAUGCUUCUUAAAUAAAGACAAGAUCUAACAGACAUAUUUGUGUUUAUUGACAUAAUUAGAAGACUCCUGGCCUGAGACCAAAAUGUGUAUAUACAGUAUGUACAGUAAGUUGUUCAUUUUCCAUUUCAAAUGGUAAUAAAUCAUUUUCCUUACCGCA